AUGCCUGCCACCAAUCGCUUGUUGAGCGCUGUGCUCUUCUCAGCUUCACUCAUUAACCCGACAUAUGCAGUUUCGGGUGGAUCAUCAUCAACAACAACAACAACCACAUCAACCUGUAACUUGCUCCAGAAUCCGUCAUUCGAGACUGGCGACUUGACCGGCUGGGUCACUGCGGCCCAUAACAAUGAUAAAGAUACUUGUACUGUUGUAUCUGGAGACGCCUCGGAGGGAAGCGGCUACUUCUCAACCCCCGCCGUUGACGGGUACGAAUACCUGAAGCAGUCAGUUUCCGGUCUGAAGAUUGGCCAAACCUAUAAGCUCUCUACCGACUACCGCUAUGUUUGGACUGGAGAUGAGGCUCCUGUUUCUCCCUCGAAUCUGUGCUAUCUCGCCUGGUCCCAAGACAAAUGGGACGGGUUGGUUGAUGGGACACAGACAGUCUGGUCGUCACAGGAUGCAGAGUGGACAACCUACAGCGUUGACUGGACUCCCACCAAGGAAACUUGUGAUCUCUAUCUCAUCUACGCGUGUGUGCAAAACACCAACCUCAACUUUGAUAACUUGAAGCUUGAAGGAACAGGAUCUGCCUGCACAACUAGCACUGCUAUUUCGUCUUCUAGUUCCACGCCUAUCCCUGCUGCCAGCUCUGCAACUCUGAGCUCCGUUCAACUUCGUCCUAGCCCGUCCUCCAAGGCUUUGUCUCCUUUGGCAUCUGCAUCUGCAUCCGCCAGCUACAGCCCCCUUCCUUUCCAUCCUGAUCAUCACCAUCAUCAUCAUGAUCACCACUCUGCGCAGCCCACUCCUUCUGAGCCUGCUUCCGCCAGCUACAGCCCCCUGCCUUUCCGUCCUGAUCAUCACCAUCAUCACCAUCAUCAUCACCACUCUGAGCGUCCCACUCCUUCUGGGCCUGCUUCCGCCAGCUUUAGCCCCCCUCCUUUCCAUCCUGAUCAUCACCAUCACCAUCAUCAUCACCACUCUGCGCGUCCCACUCCUUCUGGGCCUGCUUCCUCGCCCUGGAGUCGUCGUCCUAUUUCAGCGACUCCUACGCCUUCUUUCACCCCUUCUGGGUCGGUGACAGUUGCUCCUUCAUCUAAUCCUUCGGGCCCUGUGGCUUCUGGCCACCCAGGCUCUGGCAACGGUAACGGCAACGGCUCUGGAUCUGGAUCUGGCUCUGGUAACGGCUCUGGCUCUGGCUCUGGAUCUGGAUCUGGAUCUGGAUCUGGAUCUGGAUCUGGCUCUGGCUCUGGAUCUGGCUCUGGCUCUGGAUCUGGCUCCGGCUCUGGUAAUGGCUCUGGCUCUGGUAAUGGCUCUGGCUCUGGAUCUGGAUCUGGAUCUGGAUCUGGCUCUGGUAAUGGCUCUGGAUCUGGAUCUGGCUCUGGUAACGGCUCUGGAUCUGGAUCUGGAUCUGGCAACGGCUCUGGAUCUGGCUCUGGCAACGGCUCUGGAUCUGGAUCUGGCUCUGGUAACGGCUCUGGCUCUGGCUCUGGAUCUGGAUCUGGAUCUGGAUCUGGCUCUGGCAACGGCUCUGGAUCUGGCUCUGGAUCUGGCUCUGGAUCUGGCUCUGGAUCUGGCUCUGGAUCUGGCUCUGGAUCUGGAUCUGGUUCUGGCCAGGUCACCACCUCUACAAUCUUGACCACCCGGACCAGCACUAUCACUGCGUGUCCCUCCACUGUUACCAAUUGCCCUGCCCGUGAUAAGACCACUUACCUGACCACUGAGACUGUCGUUGUGGGAACCACUGUCUGCCCUAUUACCGAAGAUGCCCGGCCUACUGCUACUGGUUCUACUAAGCAAAUGACCACUUCUACCGCUUUCAUGACACGCACCUCGACAAUCACCGCCUGCCCCUCCUCCGUAAAGGAUUGCCCCGCGACUGAAAAGUCCACUUAUGUCACUACAGAGACAAUUGUUGACUAUACCACUAUCUGCCCGGUUACUGCUGCUGAAGCCACCCAGACCGCAAGCUCUACUGCUUCAUCCUACGCCGGCGCUAGCUCUACUGGCUCUGGGUCUGGGUCUACUAGCUCUACCUCCGGCUCAACUGGCUCCGGCUCAACUGGCUCUGGCUCUACUGGCUCUGGUUCUACUAGCUCUGGUUCUAUUGGCUCCGGCUCAACUGGCUCCGGCUCAACUGGCUCCGGUUCAACUGGCUCCGGCUCAACUGGCUCUGGCUCUACUAGCUCUGGUUCUACUGGCUCUGGCUCUACUGGCUCUGGUUCUACUGGCUCUGGUUCUAUUGGCUCCGGUUCAACUGGCUCCGGCUCAACUGGCUCUGGCUCUACUAGCUCUGGUUCUACUGGCUCUGGCUCUACUGGCUCUGGUUCUACUGGCUCUGGUUCUAUUGGCUCCGGCUCAACUGGCUCUGGCUCAACUGGCUCUGGCUCUACUGGCUCUGGCUCUACUGGCUCUGGCUCUACUGGCUCUGGUUCUACUGGCUCUGGUUCUACUGGCUCCGGCUCAACUGGCUCUGGCUCUACUGGCUCUGGCUCAAAUGGAUCUGGCUUUGAAUCGUCUGGCGAAAAGCAUAGCACAACCACUAUUUAUUCGACCAAGAUUGAGUCUGGAACAACCGAUACUAUUGCUGUUGCAACUGAGGUUUUAACUAUCUCCGUUGCUGAAGCCUCCAGUACCGGUAUCGUGGGUGUUGGUGCCAUUGGAGUGCCCCCUGUGCGAAGCACAAACGUCCACAUCCAGCCCACUCCUUCGGCAUUUGCCACUUCAAGCUCUUCUGCUCCCCAUCGCAGCUCUGGUGUAGGUUCUUUCUCCUCGACCACUAGUCCCGCUGCUCCGGUCUACACUGGUGCUGCUUCACCUUCGUUCAUUUUCUCCACUGGCCUGAUUGGCGCUUUGGCUUUUCUUGUUAUGCUUUUUGUAUAA